GCGCCGUGUUUGCGUCAUCAACAUGAGCCUUAUAGACUCCGCGAAAGGUCGAGAGGAGAGGUUUUGUUGUGUUCAAGCGAUGGUGACGGCGACGCGUCAGUAAGGGCCGAGCUUGGGGGCGCUUCGAAGGGGAGGCGAGGGGCGCCGCCCGCAACGGUGCUAUGGCUCGUAAGGCGGGCGGGAUCUGCUUCUACUUCCUGCAAGGCAACUGCCGCUUCGGGGAGAGGUGCUGGAACGAGCAUCCGCGCUCCGGGAGCUCCAGCCCGUCCUUUUCUCAGAACUCAGGCUCCAGUAGAAGAGGAACAUGGACUGGACAUAACCAGCGAUACAGUAAUGUUAUUCAUACUUCCAGUUUUCCAAAAUCCUCCAGUUGGCAUGACAACAGGAAUCCCGGAUCCUCUGGCUUUUCUCAAAACAGGUUUGCUGCAUUAGUCCCCAGUGAAAACCUUCGCAAUGAUGGCAUUAAAGAUGAGGAAGACAAACUUCUUGAAAUAAUAAUGAAAGACAUGGAGAUUUGGGAAUCUUCAGGACAAUGGAUGUUUUCCACAUAUUCACCAAUGAAAGAAAAGCCUAAUAUUUCAGGUUUUACAGACUUUUUACCAGAAGAGUUACGUCUUGAAUAUUAUAACUGCAGAGCAAAUAAUGAUGCACAAAAUUAUAUCAAUUCAGUCCAACAGCUAAUUAACCAGUGGAGAAGUAGAUUACUUGAACUGAAGAAUAUAAAUGCAUCUACUAAAACUGCACUGAUAUCUGAAUUGAAGAAUGUUUUUAGUCAACCACCACCUGCAUUUGGACUUGCAACACAGCAGCAAUCCACUUUUAGAGCAGCAUCCUUUCCUGUGGCUAAACAGAACAGUGCUCAAGGCUUCGUUUUCAAAUCACCUUCUGAUCUUGCCAGUGUCUCAACUGGAGGUACACCCACAUUUGGAAGCGCACCUGCAUUUGGAAAUCUUGGUGAUGUUCAAGGUGCUGCAGCUUCUGCUGCUGCUUCCCAGUCAGUUGGUUUUGGGAAUCAACCAGCUCCAUCGGCAGCAGCUUUUUCAUUUAAAACUUCUGCAGCUCCUAGUGGAUUUGAAGCAUCUGGAUUUUCAGGAUUUGGAAAAUCUGUUUCUGUAAUCUCUUCAGACACCACAUCUACUUCAGUGUUUGGGACAGGAGUUACAGCAGUUGAUUCCUCUCCUCUGAAUUCAGGGAACAUACCAUUUGGGCAGCAAUCAAAUGUCUUUGGAAGUAGUGCUACAUUGGCAUCUCCAGUAAUUCCAACAAACGUUACUUCAGAAAAGUUAUUUACACUGAAGACUGAGCUGUCUGCAGAAGAACUGAGGCAAUUUGAAGCAAAGAAAUUCACCCUAGGAAAAAUUCCUUUAAAGCCACCACCUGUGGAACUUUUAAGUAUGUGAUGGUAUUCUGAGGAUGUUAUAUUUUUCCCCUGCUUCCUCCAUAUGAUAAUACCAAUAUGAUAGUACCAAAAAUAUUCCAAUUUAUUCUUUCAGAAAUUUUUUUCCCUAUGGCUAACCAGCACUGUUUCAGAAAAGUUUCAUUCAUUUCUUGUACUAAAUUAUUUGUUUGACUCAUUGGUUUCAGAAUGUACAUUUAAGUUGAGAAUAUAACUUUGCAAUAAACUUAAAAUGUAGCAAAA